UAGUACCCUCUGCUGGUCAGUCAUGUCCUCCUCGUUGAUCUAAUGUAAGAGAAAAAACGCAACGACUUCCUGUUUGAAACGACUGGUUGUCCUGGUUUUGGUCUGAGAGGUAGCUCUUAAACCUGAUGAUUGUACACCGUUUCACCUGUGGAGUCAUAAACACUCACCUGUAUGCCCAGCUGAGAAAGACGUGGGGAAUCCAGGCCAUGGCAAGGCCCAGUUCAGACCUGGCAGCGUUCAGGGAGAUUUUCUCCAAAUCCAACAACAUUGCCAUCAUCACAGGAGCAGGAGUGAGUGCUGAGAGUGGAGUUCCAACAUUCAGAGGAGCAGGAGGGUACUGGAGAAAAUGGCAAGCACAGGAAUUGGCCACUCCGACAGCCUUCGCCCACAAUCCCUCUCGUGUUUGGGAGUUCUACCACUACCGUCGGGAGGUUAUGCUUACCAAGAACCCCAACCCUGCCCACCAGGCCAUAGCAGAGUGUGAGGAACGUCUUGGCAAACAGGGCCGAAAAGUUACCGUCAUCACGCAGAACAUCGACGAACUGCAUCGCCGUGCCGGAACAAAAAACCUGCUGGAAAUCCAUGGCAGCUUGUUUAAAACACGCUGCAUGAUGUGUGGUCACGAGGAGGCCAAUUACAAGAGCCCCAUUUGUUCCGCUCUAGAGGGCAGAGGAGCCCCUGACCCUGAUGCGGAUGAUGCCCAGAUUCCUGUUGAGGAACUUCCUCGAUGUGAGCAGAGAGGCUGUAACGGCCUUCUGAGACCGGCUGUGGUUUGGUUUGGCGAGACCCUGGAUGCAGACAUUCUCUCCGAUGCAGAGAAAGUCUUAGACAACUGUGACCUAUGUCUUAUAGUUGGCACCUCGUCAGUUGUGUAUCCAGCAGCCAUGUUUGCUCCUCAGGUGGCAGCCAGAGGUGUCCCUGUCGCUGAAUUCAACUUGGAGAACACUCCAGCUACUGAGCGCUUCAAGUUCCACUUUCACGGCUCUUGUGGGAGCACCUUACCCCCUGCGCUGGCACGCCAUGAGAGCGAGGCGAACUGAAAGCAGAACUGUGAUUUGCCAAAAUAGUGAGACUUGUGCCGGUAAUGUGAAGGAUCUGGAGAAGAGGACAAAAGGGAGACUUGUUAACAGUAUGCACACUGAACAGUGAUCUUCACUAUUGAGCAUGGUUUUAAUACGGUGAUUUCAGCAUCUGUGUUGUCAGGGCUGACUUGUGAAAUGGAUAUUUUUUAAAGAAUAGCAAUUAAAAAGAGAAGUUACUUCUAUUGUUGUGACAGCAGGUGUCAGUGUUUAGCUGCUGAUAACUUCCAGAGGUUGUGAGACUGCUAACUGGGAUGACAAGAGACUGAGCUAUGAGUGUUUAAAUUUGGAUUACGAUGUGUUUUGUGUUUUUUAAAAAAAUUUUUUUUUUGAGGUACCUAAGAAAGAAUAUUUAAUAAAAACUGCUGAACUCAAUGUGGUUGUGUAUGUGUGUGUAAACCAACAGCUGAAAAAGAAGUAUCUGUAGGUUUAAUGCUUCAGUACAAGCUAAGACUUAAUCUUGACCCUCUCCCACUACUUUAACUUCUUUAAUCUGAGCAUGAGCUAUACAGUGGGCAAGUCAGGGUGCACUAUUGUGCAGCAUAUACCACAGAUGUAUAUAAAAUAAUGUGCAUAUUAAAACAAACUUGCAGCUUAUAGGAGGGUACAGGGCAUACAAUCUUUGUUCCUGUGUUGUGAUUCAUAUUAAUUGCUGUGUCAAGAUGUUUUUGCUUAUGAUGGAGACAAGCAGAUGAACUCUGUGACAUAGCUAUCAAACAUUCUGGAUCUGAAUCCAGCUGAAAAUUUAUAGUGGAAAAAAUGUAACUAAAUGAUCCAUCCCACAGAGAUGAUCUGUCAUCGGCAAAAUGAGAAUGUUGAAACCUCAUUAACAAACUAUGCUGUUUUUCAUUAGUGAAAUUGA